AUGGCGAUUCUUCAAAAUUUGCCAGCCGAGAUUUUCUCGGAAAUCGCUAAACAUUUGGAUCACAAUUCGGUGCAGAGAUUUUUGCGAACAAAUCGACGAUUGCAUAAAUUUGUGAAAGGCGAUAGAUACAAUUUCGCAAAAGUCGACAUCGAUUUGGUGAUCAAUUUGAAUAAGGAAAAGAAUGACGUGAUGUCGAUUUCAAUUCGGAAAAGCGAUCGGAAAAAUGGCGGUUUCAAGAGGAGUCAAGAGUUUCAAUCAACCACAGAAUUGGAUGUGAUGGUGUUCCGAAAAAGCGCUUCAAAAUCUCCUCUUCCCUCCGUUUGUCUCACUUCAAUUAAGGCUCCGUUUUUCUCGACAAAUAUCCCAAUAGAAAUCAACAAUGAGACAUUGAAAGGCUUGAUUACGGAUUUCCUAAAAGGAGCUCGUGAUUUCGACGCAAAUCUUGGCUGGAAUAUUCCCUGUAAAACGGAUUUAUUGAAUGAGAUUCUCGUUUUUAGUGGUCAAAAGUUUGAGACGAAAAUUUUAUUGGACAACGAGCAUCGGCCUUGUGGACGACUUUUUGAGUUGAAAAGAGACCGGCAAACGGGUUCAACGUUGCGUUUGAUGUGGACAGCGAGCUCGCUGAUUGUCAACGGAAUUUUGUUCACAUUGCGAGAAAAUUUCGAUUUUAUUGCCGUU